CCAAUUCCAAAUCUCUGUUUCGGCGUGCACCCUCUUCAUAACCCCAAACACUUCAUUGCUCCAGACGCGAUCCCCAACCGAAAUUGCUCUCUUCAUUUUUUUCCCUUGAUCAUAAGCCCUGGUUUAACCUUCAAGAUCCUCCUUCUUGCAUCUCGUCCUAACCUUUAUAUCUCCCUCUGAUAUUCUCCCACCAAAUACUCAUAAUGGAUGGCAAUGAGAAGAUUCUGACAGUAAAAAAUCCAACAGCCUCUAUCGACUUCACCCCAUCAGCUCUAUCUACAUCCAUCUGAUACACAGGUAACUUCUCUGGUCCCUCACGUCCUUAUCGGCACCGAAAACUAUACUAUUUGGAGUCGAUCGAUACGGAUUGCUUUGCUUGGGAAGCAUAAGCUUGGCUUCAUAGAAGGAUCCUGCACCAAGAACUCUCAAGAUCUAUCUCUCCGUGAGCAAUGGGAAUGCUGUAAUGCUGUGGUCUUGUCAUGGCUUCUCAACUCUCUGUCGAAAGAACUCGCUAGUGGGAUGGCCUAUGCUCAGAGUGCACACCACGUUUGGAUCGAUCUUAAGGAAAGAUUGAACAAAGUAACUGGUUCCCAAAUCUUUGCCAUACAUCGAGAACUAAACUCACAUGUUCAAGGGUCCUUGAGCGUCUCUAGCUAUUACAUAAAAUUGAAAGAACUAUGGGAAGAGCAGAAUGCGUUAGUCACCAUCCCCACUUGUCAGUGUGCAGUAUCAAAAAUAUACUCGGAUAUAAUGCAACAGCAAUGACUUCUCCAGUUUCUUAUGGGUCUUAGCGAGUCCUAUAGUCAAGCCAGGAGUUAAAUUCUCCUUAUAACUCCCCUUCCUACUAUGAAUCAAGCAUACAACAUGAUAAUAGAGGAUGAGGCUCAACGUUCAAUUGCUGGAUUCACUAAAUCCUCACCUAUAGAAGGAAGUGCUAUGGCAGUAGGUCGGGGACAAGGACGUGGUAGAGGCCGUGGACGCACAAAUUCAUCAAUUGAAUGUGCUCACUAUCACAAAUGGGGACAUACCAAAGAAAAUUGCUAUGAGAUUGUAGGGUAUCCUGAGAACUACAGAGGAAAUAAGAACAAACACAAUCCAGAGCCAAAAGCAGGACAGAGUAAAACUGAGGCUGCCAAUGGAGUAGAAGACGUAAGUCAAACUGUUGCACCUACAUUCACUCAAGAACAAUACGAGCAAAUCCAUCCAUUGUUGAAGAAGGAUGGUCAAUCAACGGUCCAUGCCCUCACUGGUACAGAAUUUGAGGCUUACAGCAUAUGAGGAAGGUAAAAAUAAGAAAGAAGAGCUGUUAAAGGACCCCGGGGAGUAUAGAAGACUCAUUGGUAAGCUAAUAUAUUUAACAAUGACAAGGCUUGAUAUCUCUUUUUCUAUGCAGCAUUUCAACUAGUUUAUGCAAGUGUCGACAAAGACACAUAUGGUAGCGGCUAAGAAUGUGCUGAGAUAUUUAAAGCAAAACCCAGGUUUAGGAAUACUGUUAAGUUCAAAGAAUAGCUUAGAACUGAGAUGCUUCUGUGACUCAGAUUGGGCAGCAUGCAACACUACUAGGAGGUCAGUAUAUGGUUAUUUGUUAAAGCUUGGAGACUCCUUAAUCUCCUGGAAGACAAAGAAGCAAGGUACGGUGUCCAAGUCAUCAGCUGAAGCUGAGUACAGAGCCCUCAGUUCUGCUGUUUCUGAGAUAAUUUGGGUAUUGGGUCUAAUGAAAGAUUUAGGGUUACAUGAUCUGACGCCUGUGAAAGUUCAUUGUGACAGUAGGGCAGCUAUUCACAUAGCAAAUAACCCUGUUUUUCAUGAGAGGACCAAGCACAUAGAGAUAGAUUGUCAUUUUAUCAAGGAAAAGUUACAACAAAAGUUGAUUUCUCUUCAUCAUGUGAGUUCUACAGACCAAGAAGCAGACAUAUUGACUAAAGCAUUAGGAAAAAGUUCUCAUAAUAGGUUCCUUAGCAAGUUUGGAACUAUUGAUUUAUAUAGUUCCAACUUGAGGGGGAGUAUUGAGAUUAGUUGAUUGUAUUUUUCAGUUAGUUCUUUUAAAGUGUCGUUUUGUUAUAUACUGGACGUCGUUCAGCCUUGUUCUAUUUUGUAUAAAUAGGCUUGUACAGACCUGUUUCAUUUUAAUGCAAAGUAUUAUUCAGAUAA